GCUUAUAUACUCAAGUACUCAAGACAGGUGAUAUCUGCAUUAAUCUCUUCAGAUCCAGAGCAUCAUCAUAAUCUUCAUCAUCAUCAUCAUCAGUCAUGAUCUCUCGCUCUCACCUGCUGGUUCUGCUUGUUCUCGCCUGUCUUCAGUCCUUCCCAAUGGCUCAGAAUGCAAACGGACCAAAGAAAUGCUGUUUCACUUAUCAGACAAAUCAAAUCCCUGUAAAACACAUCGCAAAAUAUGAAAUAACAGAAGCUCAAUGUUCAAAACCUGGAAUCAUCUUUACCAUGAAAGACACUCGUCAGGUGUGUGCAGAUCCCCACGUCGACUGGGUGAAGAGCAACAUGAACAAACUUGACAAGCAAUGACCAGCCUUUAAAUCAUUUCUCCAUUAAUACCAGUGUUUAUAUCGGUUUGUUUGUUAACUAUAUGCUCUUUUUUUUUUUUUUUUUUUUUUGGUCAAUAAGAAUGCCUUUAUUUUUAUUUAAUCUAUAUAAAUCCUU